AUGUCAAUUAAAAUAACAGACAAACAACAAGUCCAAUCUUUAAUACUAGACAAAUACGAUUAUUUUUUAUUCGAUUGUGAUGGAGUAUUAUGGUUAGGUGAUCAUUUAUUACCAUCAGUAGCAGAAACUUUAUCUUUUUUAAAGGAACAAAAAAAAACUAUUAUAUUUGUAACUAAUAAUUCAACAAAAUCAAGAAAUGAUUAUUUAAAAAAAUUUGCCCAAAUGGGAAUUCACAAUAUAACUAAAUCUGAAAUAUUUGGUUCAUCUUUUGCUAGUUCUGUUUAUAUUGAAAAAAUAUUAAAAUUACCUAAAAAUAAAAAAGUUUGGGUAUUAGGUGAAGAAGGAAUUGAACAAGAAUUACAUGAAUUGGGAUAUGAAACUUUAGGAGGAACUGAUCCUAAAUUUUCAGAAGAUGGAAUAAUUUUUAAUUCAAAUACUGAACUUUUAAAUAAUUUAGAUCCUUCAGUUGGUUGUGUAUUAUGUGGAUUAUGUUUUAAUAUUAAUUAUUUAAAAUUAUCAAUGACUAUGCAAUAUCUUUUAAAAGAUAAUAAAUCUAUCCCAUUUAUUGCAACAAAUAUAGAUUCAACUUUCCCAUCUCAUGGUAAAUUAUUAAUUGGUGCUGGAUCAAUUAUUGAAACUGUAUCUUAUGCAAGUUCAAGAAAACCGGAUGCUAUUUGUGGUAAACCAAAUCAAAGUAUGAUGAAUUCUAUAAAAGCUCAAUUGCCUGGAUUAAAAGAAUCACCAUCAAAAGGAUUAAUGAUUGGAGAUAGAUUAAAUACUGAUAUACAAUUUGGUAAAAAUGGUGGAUUAGAUACUAUGUUGGUUUUGACAGGUAUUGAAACUGAAGAAAGAGUUAAAAGUUUGGAUAAAAAUGAUGCACCUACUUAUUAUAUUCAAAAAUUAGGUGACGUUUAUGGAUUCACUCAUGAAAAAUAA